AUGGAAUAUGAUGGGGAGAAGGGCCAUGCCCGACCACUUCCAUCUGUCUACGCGACCGCAUUACAGGGUAGAGAAGCUACCGAAGACGAGAUACAGGACCUCCCUCACAUCGUUGGAAAAGUGCCUUUUGAAGCCUGGGCUGCCGCCCUUCUCGGAGCUGCGGAGAGGUUUGGUUAUUAUUCAACAGUCAUAACGUGGCAGAACUACAUGCAGAACCAGCGAGGCGUUCCAGCUGUUCCAGGAGCGCUUGGUCUGGGUCAAUCAACCGCAACUGCCAUAUCCAAUGUGUUCUUCAUUUUCCAGUUCCUGAGUCCGUUGUUGUUCGCUUUUCUUUCCGAUAUUCGGCUGGGACGAUAUAACACUCUGUUACUUGGCUUGUGCUUAUCAUUGUGUGGUAACCUUGUCAUGCUCACUACGUCCCUGCCAGUGGCUUUAGACCAUGGAGCAGGCUUUCCAGGCCUGAUUGCGGCAAUGGUUCUUAUCGCACUGGGUGUUGGAGCUAUCAAGGCAACGAUUUCGCCUUUCAUAGGUGAUCAGCUACCAAAAUACAAGCCACAGGUCGUCGUCCAGAAGGACGGUACGCUCGCCGUCGAAAAUGCCGCUCGCACUUUGCAGCUUUUGUACAACGCGUUUUACUGGUUCACGAACAUUGCUUCUCUUUCUUCAAUACCAGCCACGUUCUUAGAGCGACAGAUUGGGUUUUGGACGUCUUACCUUAUGGCCUGUGCGUCGUUGUUUCUCGCGACUGCACUACUUAUCCUACUUCGUUCCAGACUCGUCAGAAUAACCCCAGGGGAAAACUGCCUUCCUCAAGCCUUCCGAGUAUUGAGAUUGGCGGCUCGAAAUGGAUUUCAUCUAGAUCAUGCGAAACGAUGUUAUCAACAACAAUCUCAAGGAGUCGAUGUCCCUUGGGAGGACAGCUUCGUGGAUCAAUUGAAGGAAGGCUUACUUGCUUGCCGCAUUAUCUUUUCAUUUUCACUAUUUUAUCUCGCCAUUACACAGAUGCACAAUAAUCUCAUCUCACAAGCUGGUCAAAUGAACCUUCACGGUGUACCCAACGACAUGAUUCAAGCCAUGGCUGGCGUAGCUUGCGUCAUCUUUGGACCCAUAAUCCAAAGCCUGUACAACUUUCUAGCCAAACGGCGCAUCGCUUUCGGUCCCAUAAAGCGGAUCGCUGUGGCCUUUCUGGUGUGUGGUGGCGCCAUGGCGUAUGCAUCGGGACUUCAAAAGCUGGUGUAUAACACUGGUCCCUGUUACAAUGCACCCCUUAAGUGUCCAGCCUCUGACAAUGGUAGCAUACCUAACGAUAUCAACGUCUGGACGCAACUACCAGUGUAUGUGACACUAGCGAUUGCGGAGAUCUUCGGCCUGGUCACCGCCAGUCAGUACUCAUACAGUCAUGCACCAAAGGAUAUGAGAAGUGUGGUGCAGGCCGUGGUCCAACUGAGCGCAUGCUUAGGCUCAGUGUUAGGUAUUGCUAUCAGUCCAGCAGCAAGAGACCCCUGGCUGGUUAUUGUAUACGCAUCCAUUGCUGGGGCUUUGGCAGUGUGCUCGAUAUUGUUUUGGUGUGUCUUUCGUAAACAUGACGUUGAAGAGAAUGCUCCAAUACAAUAA